AUGGCGCCCUCAAUCAUAACCCUCGACACAACCCCCGACUUCGACUUCACCCCCUCCGCUCUGCCCCCGUCAGCAGCGGCGCCCGCGGCCACCCCCAAGCAACAGCAACGAACCCUCCUCCUCGCGCCCCCCUCCCUCUCCUCCGCGCCCAACAAGCUCUCCGCCGCCCUCGCCUCCCACGACCGCGCCGCCACAGACCUGCAGAUGCUCGACCGCCUCUCCGCCCGCCUCGUCGCCCUCCCCGAGUCCGCCUACGACCUCGUCCUCGUCCUCACCGACGCCGACGGCUCCCGCGUCGAGUCCACCCGCCUCCUCUCCGACCGCGCCGUCCUCUCCGCCGUCGCGGAGGCCCUCAAGCCCGCCGCCCGCCUCCGCGCCCAGGACGGCGGCAACCUCGCAAACGACCCCGCCGUCGCCCGUGAGGCCGUCCUCGCCGGUCUUGUGGCGGUUGGUGGUGCUUUCGAGAAGCCCGACUACGACGAGGCGCCGGUUACUCUCUCCUUUGGCAAGAAGAAGACUGCUGCCAACAGCAAUGGUGCCGUGUCCCUCAACGGCGGUGCUGUGUCUCUCAACGGAGGAGGCGCCGUCUCGCUUAACAGUAACGGCUCCGUGUCACUGAGCAGCAAACCCUCCACCGCCCCAGCCGUCUCCGCGCCCCCGGGCGUCGGCUUCGUCGACUUCAGCGACGACCUCGACAUGGACGACGACGACGACGAGCUGAUCGACGAAGACGCCCUCCUCACAGACGCAGACCUCUCUCGCCCCCUCAACAUCCCCCCCGAAUGCGCCCCCAAGGCCGGAAAACGCCGCCGCGCCUGCAAAGAUUGCACCUGCGGCCUCGCAGAGCGUAUCGCCGCCGAAGACGCCGCAACUCGCGCCGCCGCCGACGCAGCCCUCGCAGCUGCUGCCGCCGCGCCCGUCAAGCUCGACACGGACGACCUCGCCGAGGUCGACUUCACCGUCCAGGGCAAGGUCGGCUCCUGCGGCAACUGCGCCCUCGGCGACGCCUUCCGCUGCGACGGCUGCCCGUACAUCGGCCUGCCCCCCUUCAAGCCCGGCGAGGAGGUGCGCAUCCUCAACAACGAUAUCCAACUGUAA